GGAGGGCGGCAAGGAGGAGGAUGUGGCGCGGGCGGUGGCUAGGAACAUGACGCUCAGUGGAGUGAUCGCCCCGCUGGUGCGGGAGGUGCGGCUGGGCCACCCAGCCAGCCUGGCGCCCUCCCUGGCGGUGCUGAGGGACUGUCUGGCGGCGGAUGCAAGUGACCCGCGGGUCGGUGGCAACGCACGGUUGGCGGGCCAUGAGGCAGUUGGAGCGGGGCUGCUAUCGUUGUGCGCGCAGCUGCUGUUUAAGGCGGUGUCGGACCCCGAAGCGCGUGUCAUCUGCUCGUCCAUCGUACGACACCUGGUUGCUGCGAACAGCGCUGGCAGCGGCAGAGCCAGGCCUGGAGAGGUUGCCGACAGCGGCAGCAGCAACGUCGGCGGCGGAAAGGGCGGGGCUGCUGCCGCGGCGGCAGUUGAAGGAGGCGGAGGGUUAGGGCUGUACGGCAACACGACGGAGGGCCGAAUGGAGCUGGCUGCUGACUUGCUGCGUGUGAUGCGCGAGACGCAGCACCCCGACCUGCACAACGCGGUGCUGGAGGCGUGUCGCGACGUGGCGCCCGCAGCCCUGGCGGCGCAGGCGCUGGUGCGGGCGGGCGCGGUGCCGCAUGCGGUGCACAUCCUCUCCCACACCCCCUCCCGGGACCACACGCAAGGCGGCGGCGGCGGCGACGGCGAAGGCGGCAGCAACGGCAGCGACGGAAGCCCCCCCGGCGGCGGUCUGGACGCCUCCGGCACCGCCUGGGUGCUGCAGUCGCAGCGCUCCGCCGCCGCCCUGCUGGCGCUGCUGGCGCUGCAGCCGCCGCUGCGGCAGCGGGCGGUGGCUGAGGGGGCGCUGGGGGGGCUGGCGGCGGCGCUGCGGAGCCACUCGGGGCAGCCAGGGCUCAUGGCGCAAGUGCGGGUGACGGCGGCGGCGGCGCUGGUGCCUCUAUUGGGCGAGGACGGGCGCUACGACGAGGCUGCGGUGGCCGCGGGUGUGUUGGAGCCGCUGGUACGCAUGCACUACAGCCGCAGCGAGGCGGAGCGGCGGGCGGCGGACCGAGUGCUGGG